GAUCAUCCUAUAACCUAAAAGAUGUUGUCAUGGGGCUAUCUCGUAGCAUGUCAUAACUUCAAAGAUUGUCUGGUGGGAGGCUGUCUUAUAAACCUAGGUAACUUUGUCUCAUAGUAUUAGACAUAAAUACAGGAGGAGACUGUCCAGACGGGACCAGAAAUGGGUGGUAUGGCUGCGCAGCGGACACCCGAACGAAUCCCUCAGGACGGCAGCAGUCCUGGACUGAGACAAGCCCCACCGAAUGUACCCGCCCCUCGACUACCCUCUGUCGUCGUGGUCUCGGGUAGAUACUUGUACUGUAGGCUCGCGGCAGCGGCUUGAUUGGUGUGUCAGUGGCGGGUUGCUACUUGUCGAGGUGAGACUUGCGUCAUUGCGAGGGGUGGUCGCAGUCUUGUGGUAGAAGGGCAAAGAGAUUGCUCGGGGUCUGCUGUAUCGGUAGUCCUCGGUAGGAUGAACCACCCACCGUAUGUACAUAGCAGGCCUGGAACCUCACAGGUGAUGGUCGCUGUGCUGUUGGUUGAUUGUUGGGAUGCGUGGGGCCUUCCUUGCUCAGCCUCAUGAGGUAGUCACGGUGGCUGUGUGACGUUGUUGGUUCUCGAUGUCACAAACAGAGAAGGCGCAACUGGAUUGACUAACUCAGUGUAGACCGUGUUCAGACGUCUCCUGUCAACAAGCUCAUGUCUCCUUUGUUGUCUUUGCAUCUCCAAACCAUCGCUAAGGGCAUCGUUCCAAAGAUCGGGCACAGAGAACCACAGAUCGAUCUCUCGGUUACAUCCGAGCACCCCACCGUCAGUCCGGCCCUCGGCCCGCCGAUCGCAGGACCCCAAGAGGACCCUGACCCUUGACGACAUGUUCCCCCAGCCCCGUUCACGUCUCCCGACACCCCUCCAUUGCCUUCGCAGUCUCACAUUGCCUGCCACCAUGAACCCAGCCGCCUCCCUGGACUUGUUCGUCCUGACCUUCAACUGCGCAAAGAACAUCAUAGACGUUGACGUCUUUGCGCGACACCUGCAGAAUGCCCUGCUGCAGCAUGGCCAGACGAGGGACGGCGAGGGGGUCGAGCUGCCAGACCUGGUCGUCUUCUCCCUGCAGGAGAUAUCGCCACUGGCACAGAGCUUCGUCGGCGGAUACUUGCUGAACCCCUACCUCAUGCCCUUCAAGGAGGCACUGAACCUUGCGGCCAGCCAGGUCGAGGAGCAACGGCAGCCGCAGCCACAGCCACAACCGGGCAAAGGUGCCGCUUCGAGGCGGUCCUCCAGGCCUCAGCCGAGCCUGCAACGCGCCUCGACGUCCACACUCUCGACCCUCUGGCGCCGGCAACAGGACUACCCCUACAAGCUGGUGGCGUCGCGCAAUGUCGGUAUGACCGCAAUAAUGAUGUUCGCCCGCAAGCCCGAUGCGAUACACCACAUGCAGUUCGCCGAAUGCGCUUUCGGUAUUGCCGAUAUGGGGAACAAGGGCGCCAUCGCCCUGAGGGUUACCUACUCAGGCGCCGGUCACCAAGGAGAGGAACAAGACCAGACUGCGGAGCAGAGGACCACCGAGAUCACCUUUGUCGCUACACAUCUCGCCGCCAUGGAGUACAACCUGCGGCGCAGGAAUGCGAACUGGGCCAGCAUCAUGUCUUCCUGCACGUUUGGGAACCCCAAAGAGAUUGUGUCACCAAUGUAUCAUGAUGAUGAGAUCUGCAUUAAGAAUACAAUCGAGGCCUCGACAAAAAGUGGUGGGGGUAAACAGACAGAUGGAGGCCAGGACAUUGAUGAGCCUUCCCCGGACGAGCUUCAGCGCCUACUCAAACGCCGCCAGACAUUUAAGAGCAUGCCUAAAGACGAGGCAAGCCGUUUACAUGACGCAACCAUCUUCAAACCGGGCACUCACCUCUUCGUGGCCGGGGACUUAAACUACCGUGUCGCCACCACAUCGCCUGCUGCGACGGCUUCGUUUCCGACACUGGACAACUACAUGUAUUUCUUUGAGAACGACCAGCUCACGGAAGAGAGACUUGCAUAUCGCACGCUGCAUGGGCUUUCCGAGGCAGAGGUCAAGUUCCCACCGACAUACAAGAUCAAGCACCUGAGCCCUGCCAAGGUUGACGAGGCCACCAACAAGGAUGAGGUCCGGGCUGGCGGGCAAGACGUCGUGCCUUGGAAGUGGGCUCCACACCGCUGGCCUGGAUGGUGCGACCGCAUCCUCUACCUCGACAUCCCCCCGUGGGCAAAACGAGGAGGAGCAGCCGGCGCCGAGAUCGUCGUGCACAAGUACAACUCGAUGCCAACCAUGCUGAGCUCGGAUCACCAGCCAGUAUUCCUCCGUGUCUCCGUCCCCCUUCUCACCCCGGAGGAGCUGAUGCCUGAGGACACAGAAGACUCAGAUGGCGAGGAAGGAGAGAGCUCCUCGGCAGUCAAGAGCAAGGAUCCACGGGUGUACCUUCCUAUCCCUGUAGACAUGAACGCGUCGGCGCGCAGGGCAGCCGCCAGGAAGAAGGAGCUGAUGACGGGGAUGACGACGCUUUUCUUCUCUACCAGGGAAGGGGCGGUUGUACUCGGCACGCUGGCGAUCGUCUCCUUCAUGACGUGGUGGCUGCUUCGGGGCGGCCUGUAGCGCAGGAUGAGCACAUUCACGAUGCGGUGGCCCGGCGCGGCUGGCUGGACGGGCGCGGCGCGGUGGUUUGGCGGCGCGAUCGGGCGCCCGUAGAUGAAGAAGAUGUUUGCAUGAGGGGGGGAGGGGGUGUUGGUGGUUGGUAAACAGGCAUACGAUACCCGAGAAUACGCUAGCGAGUAGAAUACAGCGAUUUUCUUUCACCAUGGGUGGUACUAUCCCAUGGGACAGGAGAGAUUUCCUUUCUUCCGAGCUAUCUGUUGUCUGCUGUGUGUAGGGAGCUGUUCAACGGGGGCGUCUCCUAGGGAAGGUAGCCAGCAGGGAGGUGUUUCGUAUAAGGUUGUCUUGUACGAGGGUGGGAGGUUGUCGUACGGGAGUGUGGCCUGUGGUAGAGUAAGAGGUGAUCCUGUACAAUGUUGUCCUGUAGGACCUCGGGAGACUGUCUCGUGAAAAAAAAGUGUAUAUGGAGGGGGGUACCCUAUGAGAGGUUGCUUUGGAAGAGGUACUCAUAUGGGGGGUUAUCUGAGGAGAUAUCACACUAUAGAAGGCUGUGAGAAUACCCAGAAAGAGGACUCGGACAUCUGAUUGGGGAGGAGGCAACUCUGUUGGAGGUUACUAUCCAUGUAGAGGCUGUGAGACUAGGUAGGUAUCUUUUGAGACGCUGUGCAAGACGAUAUUCCACGAGAACGUAUCCAUCCCAUAGGAGGACGAAUCGUGCGAGGUGGUUUCGUGUGAAGUCAUUCUAUAGAAGCCUGUCUUAAGAAGGUCCGAGUCGAACUAUGCCACCUAGUCCAUUGAGAUGGCCUCAGAAAGACAGACAUGCUUAGCUCUUGUCACUAUCCAAUACCGAGGUCAUACUCUAGAGCCGAAAGUGCGCGUCUUCUGAGCUCGACAUACCCUAUAAGAAUACAAGUUGAGACGAGGGGACCCUUUGGAUGAGUAUUUCGAGAUUCGGGAUCUUGUUUAUGACGAUGAUAUCCAUUUCAUAGAGUUGCAAAUGAUAGAUAGGUUGUCGUCCAUUUUGGGCUCUUCCCCGAGUAGGAGGCUGCACUGAG